GGCUAAUUUAAUUUCCUAAAAAAUCAAUGCCCUAAUUAUCAUAUUAUUAUAUAUAAAAUGCGAGCUGGAAAAUCGAUUUCCGGUAAGAUUAUUUCGGCGCUGUGCAUCGCGAGCUUCCUCGCCGGAUCGCUUUUCAGCCGGCCGCCGCGCCACCGCCCGGCCGAUGAAUUCGACGACGAUCACAAGCGGAAACUGGUGGAGCAGCACAACCGUGGAGAUGAGAUUAUGGCAAAAGUCAUCAGGACACAUGAAGCAGUCCAAUCACUAGACAAGAGUAUAUCAAGCCUGGAAAUGGAACUGGCAGUCGCCAGAACGAAGAAGAAGAAGAAACUCACACGAGAAAGAUCAUCCAAUCACACAAGUCUCGAUAAAAAAUCAAUUUUCGUAGUCAUCGGAAUCAACACCGGAUUCAGCAGCAGGAGGCGGCGGGACGCCGUUCGAGAAACAUGGAUGCUCAAAGGAGACCACCUCAAGAGGCUGGAGAAGGAGAAAGGAGUCGUCAUCCGCUUCGUCAUCGGCCGCAGCGCCACCGCCGGAAGCUCCGGCCCCGGCGCCGGCGGAGUUCUCGACAGAGCAAUUGACGCAGAAGACGCAGAGCACAAGGACUUCCUCCGGCUGAGCCACGUGGAAGGCUACCACGAGCUCUCCACAAAAACUCGGCUCUUCUUCUCGACGGCGGUGGACAUUUGGGAUGCGGAAUUUUACGUGAAGGUCGACGACGACGUUCAUGUCAAUUUGGGGAUGCUGGUGAGCACUCUGGCGAAGCAUAGAUCGAAGGCUAGGGUUUAUGUUGGGUGCAUGAAGUCCGGGCCAGUUCUAUCUCAGAAAGGCGUGAAGUAUCAUGAGCCGGAGUAUUGGAAAUUUGGAGAAGAAGGUAACAAGUAUUUCAGGCAUGCAACGGGGCAGAUCUAUGCGAUUUCUAAGGACCUCGCGACUUACAUCUCCAUCAAUUCAGGCAUCUUGCACCGAUAUGCAAACGAGGAUGUGUCGUUGGGGUCAUGGCUCAUAGGACUAGAAGUUCAACACGUCGAUGAUCACUCAAUGUGCUGCGGAACUCCGCCGGAUUGCGAGUUGAAGUCGCAAGGGGGGAAGGUGUGCGUGGCGUCAUUCGAUUGGCAGUGCAGCGGCAUAUGCAAAUCAGUUAAGCGGAUGAGCAAAGUGCACACUGCUUGCGGAGAAGCUGAUGGAGCCAUCUGGAACAUCCAUCUCUAAUAUCAUUUGACUCAUUAAUAAUAACAUCAUACAUUGCAUCUCAGGGGAAAUGAAAUUCAAAUUCAAAUUCAAAUUCAAAUAAAAUUGAAAUUGAGAUUGAGAUUGAGAUUGAGAUUGAGCCUUCAACAUGUACACAUUAUUAUUAUUAUUAUUA